AUGGAGACUUCAUCGCUCUACACUACCCUUCCUCUAGCUUUCCUCCUACUCCUCACUCUCAAGCUCUUCUCUUCAUGGUUCAAGCAACCGAAAAACCUUCCGCCCAGCCCGCCUUCCAUCCCCAUCCUGGGCCACCUCCACCUCCUGAAGCACCCCCUCCACCGAACCCUCCACUCCCUUUCCCAAUCUUACGGCCCCGUCUUCUCUCUCCGCUUUGGCUACCGCCGAGUGGUUGUCGUCUCAUCAGCCGAGGCAGCCGAAGAAUGCUGUACUAAGAACGACAUCACGCUUGCCAACCGCCCCUCUACUGUCGCCGGCAGGCACAUUGGGUAUGACAACACGAUUGUCGUCUUUGCCUCGUACGGAGAACAAUGGCGUAGUCUCCGCCGUGUUUGUACUCUUGAGAUCUUUUCCUCGGCCCGUCUCAACUCCUUUCUGCCCAUUCGGAGGGAUGAAAUCAAGGGACUCCUGCUUAAUCUAAACAAAAGAGCCUCAGCAUCUGGGGACGACUUCACUAAGGUGGAACUAAAACCGAUCUUCUGGGAGAUGACAUUCAACAUCGUUAUGAGGAUGUUGACUGGGAAGAGGUAUUACGGGGAAGAUGUGACCGAUGCCGAGGAGGCGAAGGUGUUUCGCGAGAUCAUGUCUGAAAUUGUGGAAUAUGCUGUUAGUGCGUAUCCAGGGGAUUACUUGAGUAUCUUGAGGUUGUUCUUUAGGAAUUAUGAGAAGAGGGUGACUUGGUUGCGCAAAAGAUCGGACGAGUUGUUUCAGAAUCUGAUUGAAGAACAGAGAAAUAGUCGCAGAAAAAGAUGUGGUGGAGAGAGUAGGGAGACCGUGCUGGAUCAUUUGCUUUUGUUGCAAGAGAAGCAGCCCGAGUUUUACACUGAUAAGAUCAUCAAAGGGCUACUAUUGGUCAUGCUUAUAGCAGGCACCGAUACUUCUGCUUCGACAAUGGCAAGGGCAAUGUCCCUUUUACUUAGUCAUCCGCAUUCCUUAAAAAGAGCUAUUGAGGAGUUGGAUAAUGUGAUUGGUCAAGAACGCUUGAUAGAGGAGACGGACAUUGCAAAACUUCCUUUUCUCCAAAACAUUGUAUUAGAAACUCUACGUUUGAAACCACCGGCACCACUUCUAGUUCCACACAUGUCAUCAGAGGAUUGCAUCAUAGGCGGUUAUGAUGUACCUAGUCAAACCAUAGUAUUCAUCAAUAUAUGGAGCAUUCACAGGGAUCCGAAGUUGUGGGAUGAUCCAAAAAGUUUCAGACCCGAAAGAUUUGAAAAUGAAGAUAAUGGACAAUGCAAGCUAUGGUCAUUUGGACUUGGGAGGCGAGCCUGUCCAGGUGGAAACAUGGCCCAACGGGUGAUCAAUGUGGCUUUGGGAUCGUUGAUCCAGUGUUUUGAAUGGAAAAGAACAAGUGAAGAAGGAAUGAAUAUGCCUAAGGCGUUGCCAUUGGAAGCCAUGUACAAAGCCCACGAAAUCAUGGCGGCGAUUGCUGAGCAUUGAGCGGGAACCAAGAUAUUGCUAUUAGUCCUUGUCUUAUGUGUUUGUACCAAAAAUAAAUAAUCCAUUGCUAAGGACGUCUUAGAUUCAUAAAUUGUAUUA